CGGACCCCUCAGUCAUUCGCCCUCCUCCAUGCAGACGUCCACGUUCCUCGCCCUGGGGGCUCUCCUCGCCCUGUGCGCGGCCGAGGAGGGUCUCCACUUCCCCUCCUACGAUGGGAAGGACCGCGUCCUGGAGCUCGGCGAGCGCAACUACCGCCAAGUCAUGAAGAAGUACGACAUCUUCUGCCUGCUGAUCUGGGAGAGUCCGGCGGCCGGAGACCGCACGGCGCAGAGACAGACCCACCUGACCGAGAUGGUGCUGGAGCUGUCUGCACAGGUUCUGGAGAAGAAGGAUAUCGGCUUUGGAAUCCUCGACCCGAAGAGCAAUGCCAAGAUUGCCAAGAAGCUGGGGACCACCGAGGUGGGCAGCCUCUAUGCAUUUAAAGAGGACCACGUGAUUGAGUUUGAUGGAGAGCUGGCGGCUGACAUUCUGGUGGAUUUCCUGCUGGAUCUGAUUGAGGAUCCGGUGGAGAACAUUAAUAGUCGGGCAGAACUGAAGGCCCUGGACCGCAUGGAGGAGGAGACCCGAGUGAUCGGAUACUUCAAGAACCAGGACUCUGAGCAUUACAAGGAAUUUGUAGAAGCUGCGGAAAAUUUUCACCCGUACAUCAAGUUCUUUGCGACAUUUGACAAGUCGGUGGCGAAGGCUCUGACACUGAAACUGAAUGAAGUGGACUUCUAUGAACCUUUUAUGGAUGAACCGGUCACCGUCCCGGAUAAACCGUACACUGAGCAGGAGCUGGUAGACUUUAUCAACAAACACAAGAGGGCCACACUGCGAAAGCUGCGACCGGAGGACAUGUUUGAAACCUGGGAGGAUGAUCUGGACGGAAUCCAUAUUGUGGCCUUUGCUGAGGAGGAGGACCCAGAUGGUUAUGAAUUCAUCCAGAUCCUGAAGGAAGUGGCCAGAGAAAACACCGAGAACCCCGAGCUCAGCAUCGUCUGGAUCGACCCCGAUGACUUCCCACUGUUGGUGACGUAUUGGGAGAGAACUUUCCGCAUUGACCUGUUCAGGCCUCAGAUCGGAGUUGUUAAUGUAACCGAUGCUGAUAGUGUGUGGAUGGAUAUGGAAGAUGCAGAGGACCUUCCAUCACCAGAUGAACUUGAGCAAUGGAUUGAAGACGUGUUAUCUGGCAAGAUCAACACCGAGGAUGACGAUGAUGAUGAUGAUAACAAUGAUGAUGAUGACGAUGAUGAUGACGACGACGAUGAUGACGACGAUGAUGAUGAUGACGAUGAUGACGAUGAUGACGAUGAUGAUGACGAUGAUGAUGAUAAUGAUAAGUAGGAUCUCAUCCUGGUAACUCCUAUAGUAUUUCAUACAAGAACUUGAUGUUGGGUAGCCAUGGACUAUCUCUAUCCAGGUGCCGUUUACUAUUGAGGAUUAUCUAUUUAUUAUAAUACCAUCCAAUGAAUCCCAACUUUAAGCCGGAAGACGAACCAAGGGUAGAACAUUGCUUUUUUUCUUUUAUGUUUAUUUUCUUGGCAUUUCCAGGAAAUAAUAUAAAUAAUUAAAUAAAGAAGUGGUGGAAAGGAAAUGUCA